CUACCCGCCAUUUUCAGCACUGGUCGAAACUAUCGACACAAGUUAGCCAAGUGCUCUUUGAAUCGAAAAAAUCAAACCUCCUCCAAAAAAAAGGGCGCCAACCCUCGCCGCACAGCGCAAUGUGUGAUAAUAACGUGAUCAUCGUGUGGAACGGUUUCUCCGAGCAUGUAUCGGGCGUGUUUCGCACCUUCCGCCACGAAAAGGCCCUGCAAGACGUGAUCCUGUACUGCGAGGGACAGUUUAUCAACUCCCACAAGCUGCUGCUGGCGAGCUGCAGCGAAGUCUUCCGGCGCAUCUUUCUAGAACGCGCCAAUGCGUACCAUCUCAUCCGAUUGGUCGGCUUCCGGUACGUUGACGUGUCCCUGUUGCUGGACUUUAUCUACAACGGAGAGAUGGCACUGUCGCAGAAACAGUUGCCCUCGUUGAAGCAGGCGGCGCUCAAGUUGGAAAUUAAGUCCCUAGCGAACUUGGUCACGUCACCGGAAAGGGUAUCGGAACAGGAGGCGGACGAACAGGAUACGUUGUCUUCGGCCACCGAAACAACGGACAAUAAUCUCGAGGUGACCUCCGCGGGAUAUGUGUCACCACUCGAUUUGAUGGCUGCCGUAGCCACCUUGCAACAGGAGGAGGCGCCUUAACUGAAUAAUGAUUUAUUAUUGUCUUAAAGAAAACCCAAAUUUAAUAUGAUGCUUGAUAAAAGUACCGACAAAUAACAUACACGAACAGGACAUGAAUUAUACUUAUAAUACUUUCUCAGUGACAAGAUCAUCUAACAACAUCCGGACAUCCCCUCCAGCUAGAACUUGCCAUUUAGCAUUCCACUUGAACUCCAAAGGGGCAUCAUCGAUUAACUUGAAAGCUCUCCAAAUAUGCCCCGAAGUGCGCUGCAGUAACACGUGUGACGGCAUCCAAACGAAAAGCUCGAAAGGUCCUUGUACUUAAGUUACCCUUGUAACUCUCCGUUUUUCAUCUCUUUCCCGGGUUAGGUGCACCAUCGACACGACAGCCACGUGCUGCUGUAUAUAUAUAUGUACAGACACAGCUCUUCUCUGUAUUUCACGCGCUACAAAAACGAUCGAAACCGGCAAAAACCCAGACGCCGGUAUCCUUCCUUCCCCCCUCAAAAGGAAACCACGAUGAAAGGAGGGGAAGAGAAUUACGCAUCGCACGCCAUAAUUUCGGGGUGGAAAUGUUUUGUCUGGGCCCUGUCUCAGACAGACCGAUGCGAAAGCUCGUAACGCCCUUUUUGCUCCCCCGGUGUGGAUGUGUGUGUUUGAGGAGGGAAAGUUCAUUGACGUACCAUUUUGGAGUUCGCUUGGCAAUGAAAACCAUUUCUUUUUCUAACAUGAUUCUAACUGGAUUGACGGAGACAGGAAGUACGAUGGGUAGCUUCGAGUGACAUUAACCGUUUAUAAUGCAGUAUAUUUACACCAGACAGAGUCCGAGUAUUUCGGGUCAGCUAGCAUCAGGAGAGAGGCGGAGAUGCAUUUAAAGUUAACUGGUCAUUCUGUACAAAAGUGGAAUCCAUUAGCUGAUUUUCUUAAAUCAAUAUGGACAAUUUGUUUUGCUACCUUGAUUUUACAAAACAAUUGACAAUAACGUCACUCAAAUUUAAUAAAUUCAAAUCAUUUCACUACAACCAACCGAUGCGCCUGAACUCUUCGCGUACAAAGUGAAAAAUUGAAAGGAGCUUUUUUUUAUUCAACCAAUAUAUAAAAUGUGUCUCGCUAUAUCGACUUUACAAUACCAAUAACCUCACUAAAAUUCUAUCAAAUCGAAUCAUAACAUUUCAAUCAACCUAUGCGCAUGAACUCUUCAGCUAAAUUUCACUAUUUAAAAAUAAAUCUAAAAAGGUACUAGAAACUAAAAAAAAAUCGUCUCGGUCGUCAUUCAAGCCCAUAAAUCAUCCGUGCACGGGGUGCGUCAGACAGCUGAAACGCGGGAGACACGUGCGACAACCGCGGAAGCGCCACGCUGAAGGGUGGUUUGCGCUCCAAAAUCCGUGACCAGAAAGGAAGACGCGCGUACGCAACCAAAGAUGCACUGCGGCAUAAUAAUUCACCCAAGCGAGCAUAUCCACUUCCCUUUCGCGGGAAGGAGUGCGACCCCACGUUGCCACAUGGCUUACACGCACUCGCGUUUUCGUACGUAUGUGUGUAUGUCUGUGGGGAAGAAAAAGAAGUAUCCAAAAACGUUUUGUAGUAGGGGUGGUCCAUCAUCGCACGCAUCUUCUGUUCUUCCACUCCAUCACCCGAAGCGGUAAAA